AUGGGCUCAAGAGCGAACAACAACUAUGGUCCCUCUCAGCGUCAUGUGUCUUUGUUGAUCUCAUUCUUCUCUCUCUCUUUUAUAGUGCCGUCAGAAGACAUAUUGCAGGGAGAUAUCGAGGGAGCAGAUGAAGAUGAAGAUGAUCCACUGGAUGCCUUUAUGGCUAAAAUCGACACUCAGGUUCAGCAAGAAGCAGAGAAGCCAUCAGUCCGACGCGACGAUAUUGAGGACGAGGAUUAUGUCGAGAGCUACAUGAAGCACAUGAAGAAAAAAGGAAUAACAAUCGGACAAGGCGGACCUGUGAGGGAGCGUGAUGAGGAUGCUGACUCUGACGAAGAAGUGUAUGCGACCGCAAGAGCAGUUGAUGGUGCAUCUGAAACACAGUUUGAUGCAGACGACAUGGCGUAUGAAACUCAAGGCAAAAAGGAGAUCACGCCCUUGCCAAGAAUGGAUCACUCUAGACAGAAUUACAUUGAGAUUGAAAAGUGCUUUUAUGAGGAGCAUGAAGACAUCGCCAAACUAUCCGAGGAACAAGUCAGGCAGAUCAGAAUGGAUCUCGAUAUGAGGGUUUCAGGAGCGGAUGUCGCCAGGCCAUGCAUAUCAUUUGCACAUUUUGGUUUUGAGGAGGCAUUGAUAGAGACGAUCCGACGUGCUGGAUAUACAGAGCCCAGCGGCAUUCAAAGACAAGCCAUACCUGUUGCACUUUCUGGACGCGACAUCAUUGGUAUCGCAAAAACGGGCUCUGGAAAGACUGCAGCGUUCUUGCUGCCGAUGAUCACUCACAUUAUGGAUCAGCAGGAACUGGACAAGGGCGACGGCCCGAUCGGAGUUGUUCUUGCACCCACGCGUGAGUUGGCGGAUCAAAUUUACAGCGAGGCAAAACGCUUCGCGAGGGCCUAUGGCCUGCGCGUUGCAGUUGUGUACGGAGGCGCGAACAAGCAUGAUCAGCUCAAGACACUUCGGUCUGGUGUCGAGAUCCUGGUUGCGACGCCUGGACGAUUGAUUGAUAUGAUCAAGAUCAAGGCGACGAAUUUCAGGCGCACGUCCUUUCUGGUGCUGGAUGAAGCUGACCGUGUGUUCGAUCUUGGAUUUGCCCUGUUGUUUAGUGCCACAUUCCAAAAGCGUGUCGAGAAACUUGCUAGAGAAGUGAUGACUGAUCCAGUGCGGAUAUCGAUUGGCAAUGUUGGACAAAUCAACUCAGAUGUCACUCAAGUAAUCCAGACCUUGAAGGACGACUCGCUCAAGUGGAACUGGCUUAUGGAGCGACUUCAUGAAUUCGAAGCACGCGAGUGUCUUCAUGGAGAUAUGCUACAGCAGGAACGUGAUAAGGCGGUCCACGAUUACAAAGUCAAACAGUUUCCAACUUUGGUCGCAACGGAUGUUGCAGCACGAGGUUUGGAUAUCAAGUCCAUCCGCACGGUCGUCAACUAUGAUGUUGCGCGAGACAUCGACUCUCAUGUUCAUCGCGUCGGCAGAACUGGACGUGCGGGCGAAAAGGGAACUGCAUACACGCUGAUCACGGAAAAGGACGACCGUUUUGCUGGGGACCUAGUUCGGAAUCUAGAACAGUUUGGCCAGGCUGUUUCCCCAGAUGUGCUGAAGAUCGCUAUGCAGAAUCCGCGGUUCAGAAAAUCCAGACAGUUCAUGGGUGGUCAUCGAGGUGGAGGAGGAGACCGUGGUGGAAGAGGGCGUGGGGGGAGAGGUGGACGC